AUGAGUAUCUCUCCACAUAGGCCGCAAUUAGAUGUCUCUCUCGCAUCACAGAAUGGCCCCUCCAGAACUCCACGAUUGGCACCUCGCUCACCUGGAGCAUCUUCGAAUGGGCGCGGGUCCACAAAGAAUAUGGACCCUUCCAACCAGAACCAGCAGGACUCGAAUUCUUCGCGCAAUACAUUAAACUCUACUAACACACGCAUCAACCACAAGGCUGUUCAUCAAGACGUUCGGGCACUUCCUUCCUGGAUAAAAACCUACGAAGAAGAUGAUGACUCUCCGUUUUCUAACACUGCCGCUACUCAGAUUAAUCCUCCAUCAAGGACGCAUAUUGCAGACCACCACUACACAACGGGCGAAGGCUCCCGGAGAGUAUCUCAAGAUGGUUACAUUGACACUCAUGAAGACACUUCCAAAAUUAUGAACGAAAAGAAAUCUGAAACAGGGUUCUUUAGUGGCUACAGAGAACCGGUGAAAGGCCGAAAAUGGGACCAUGCCAGAGAUGGAGAACCUGUAAUUGUGCAGGCUGGUGUCCCUAAUAAUACCAUGCCCUGGCGAACAUAUAUCACGAAAUCUAUUCCAAAAGUAGCUUCAGACGAAGAAGGUACGAUAGUCGACGAGGGAUUUCUUCUUCAACAAACACCUGGCUACAUGACUCCAUGGAGAGGCGAUCUAGAAAACGCCAAUGACCCCGAAACUCUUUCAGGCUUAUUACACAGCAAACGUCAGCGGAAGACCUUGAUGAAGCGGAUACGCCACCACCUUUUAAUGCAUCCGCUUGUACCCUUAUUGUUUCGCAUCACAGUUCUUGCAACAUCUGUUAAUGCUUUGGGUAUAGCUACUUCAGUGCAUCAUCUCUCGAAAAAGUAUCACUAUGAACAAACCCCUUCUAGUACGAUGGCUAUCAUGGUCGAUGUGAUAGCUAUCCCAUAUAUACUCUAUAUCACCUGGGACGAAUAUACUGGAAAACCACUGGGAUUACGUUCGCCCGGUGCUAAAAUACGGUUGGUCCUUUUGGACCUUUUUUUUAUAAUAUUUGAGUCUGCGAAUCUAGCUCUAGCUUUCGGAGCACUAACUUCCGACAAUGGAAGUUGCCAGGACUCUAUGAAUGGCACCAAUUAUAUUAUCUGCAAUAGAGUCAAAGCCCUCUGCGGUAUCUUAAUGGUCGCGUUAUAUGCAUGGAGUAUAACAUUUGCAAUUAGUAUUUUUAGGCUUGUUCAACGAGUAGGUGGAAAGGAAGAGGAGUAA